AUGGGGACGCUCCUGGCGCGCGUCGCCGUGGUUGCUCUCGCGGCGGCGGCGGCCGCUGUCGUCGUCGAUGGCCAGAUGUCGCCGGCGUUCUACGACGCCACGUGCCCGGCGCUGCAGUCCGUCGUGCGCCGCGGCAUGGCGCAGGCCGUCCAGAAGGAGGCGCGCAUGGGCGCGUCCAUCCUCCGCCUCUUCUUCCACGACUGCUUCGUCAAUGGGUGCGACGCGUCCGUCUUGCUGGACGACACGGCCAACUUCACGGGGGAGAAGAACGCGGGGCCGAACGCCAACUCGUUGCGCGGAUACGAGGUCAUCGAUGCCAUCAAGGCGCAGGUCGAGGCUUCCUGCAAGGCCACCGUCUCCUGCGCCGACAUCGUCGCGCUCGCCGCCCGCGACGCCGUGAGCCUGGUCGGUACCCACUUCUCUCUCCCUCUCUUUCUGGCAUCCUGGCCGGUGGCAUUACUAAAGGCGGCCGCGUGCGUGCAGCUCGGGGGGCCGAGCUGGAUGGUGCAGCUGGGCCGGCGAGACGGGCGCUCGGCGAGCCAGAACGCGGCGAACACCAACCUGCCGCCGCCGGACGCGAGGCUCGCCGACCUCCUCGCCAGGUUCAGCGACAAGGGCCUGGACGCGCGCGCCCUCACCGCGCUGUCCGGGGCGCACACCGUGGGCUGGGCCCGCUGCACCACCUUCCGCACGCACAUCUACAACGACACCGGCAACGCGGCCGUGGACGCCGCCUUCGCCACGCAGAUACGCGCCAAGGCCUGCCCUUCCGCCGGCGGCGACGGGAACCUCGCGCCGCUCGAGCUGCGCGCCCCCGCCGCAUUCGACAACGGCUACUUCCAGGACCUCGUCGCCCGCCGCGUGCUCCUGCGCUCCGACCAGGAGCUCUACGGGAGCGGCGUCGGCGACGGCAGCACGGACGCGCUCGUGAGAGCCUACGCCGCCAACGCCACGCUCUUCGCGGUAGACUUCGCCGCCGCCAUGGUGAGGAUGGGCAACCUGGCGCUCACCGGGAAGAACGGCGAAGUCCGGCUAAACUGCCGGAGAGUGAACUGA